AUGCCUCUGAUGUGCUUCUAUUCAUCACAAAUUAAAUUCCGUCUCUUCUCACAGAGUGAUCGUCUCCUUAUCAAAUGUGGAAAGAUUGUAAAUGAUGACCAGUCUUUCUUUGCUGACAUCUAUAUCGAGGAUGGAGUCAUCAAGCAAAUUGGAGAGAACCUGAUAGUUCCUGGUGGGGUGAAGAUCAUUGAUGCCCAUGGACGCAUGGUGAUGCCCGGGGGCAUAGAUGUGCACACACGCUUCCAGAUGCCAGACAGGGGCAUGGUGUCAGCAGAUGACUUCUACCAGGGCACCCGUGCUGCUUUGGCUGGGGGAACCACCAUGAUAGUUGAUCAUGUGGUUCCAGAACCAGGUGUGAGCCUGGUGGCAGCGUUCAACCAGUGGAGGGAAUGGGCCGACAGCAAGUCCUGCUGUGACUACUCCCUGCAUGUGGACAUCACUAACUGGCACAAGGGCAUGCAGGAGGAGAUGGAGAGCCUGGUGAAGGACCACGGUGUCAACUCUUUCCUGGUCUAUUUGGCUUAUAAGGAUGUUUUCCAACUUUCCGACUCCCAGAUGUACGAGGUGUUCAAUGUCAUCAGAAACUUGGGAGCCAUCGCUCAGGUGCACGCAGAGAACGGGGACAUCAUUGCCGAGGAGCAGCGUAAGAUCCUGGAGCUGGGCAUCACUGGCCCUGAGGGUCACGUGCUGAGCCGCCCAGAGGAGGUGGAGGCAGAAGCAGUCAACCGGUCAGUCACUGUGGCCAAUCAGACCAACUGCCCCCUCUACAUCACCAAGGUGAUGAGCAAGAGUGCUGCUGAUGUCAUCGCCCUGGCCAGGAAAAAGGGUGCUGUGGUGUAUGGAGAGCCUAUCUCUGCCAGCCUGGGCACGGACGGAACCCACUACUGGAGUAAGAACUGGGCCAAGGCAGCUGCCUUCGUCACCUCCCCACCCCUCAGCCCUGACCCCACCACCCCUGACUAUCUCAACUCACUGCUCUCCUGUGGUGACCUGCAGGUGACUGGUAGUGCUCAUUGCACGUUCCACACCUCCCAGCGUGCUGUGGGCAAAGACAACUUCACCCUCAUCCCAGAAGGCACCAACGGCACUGAGGAGAGACUCUCCCUCAUCUGGGACAAGUGUGUGGUGACUGGAAAAAUGGACGAGAACCAGUUUGUGGCUGUGACCAGCACCAACGCAGCUAAGAUCUUCAACCUGUACCCCCGUAAGGGCCGCAUUGCAGUGGGCUCUGACGCCGACCUGGUCCUCUGGGACCCAGACGUCAGCAAGAUCAUCUCUGCCAAGAGUCACAACCUGGCUGUGGAGUAUAAUAUCUUCGAAGGCACCGAGGUGCGUGGAGCUCCCCUGGUGGUGGUCAGCCAGGGCAAAAUAGUGUUGGAAGAGGGCAACCUCCAUACCACUGAGGGCUGUGGGCGCUAUGUGAGCCGCAAGCCCUUCCCUGACCAUGUCUACAGGAGGAUAAAGGCUCGCAGCAGGCUGACGGAGCUGAGUGGGGUCCCCAGGGGUCUCUAUGACGGGCCGGUGUGUGAGAAUGUGACACCUAAGGUCAUGACCCCGGUCACCUCGGUGAAGACCUCUCCAGCCAAGCUGCAGCAGCAGCAACAGCAGCAGGCUCCCCAGCCCGUCCGUAACCUGCACCAGUCUGGCUUCAGCUUGUCUGGUGCACAAGUUGAUGAUAACAUUCCCCGCCGCAACACCCAGCGCAUUGCAGCGCCCCCUGGUGGUAGGUCCAACAUCACCAGCCUGGGUUAAGCUCUACUGUCAGCUGAGCUAGGGAGGAGAGGAGCGGAGCAGGAGGAUCCACCUCAGCUCCCAGACCAACCAUCACAACCAACAAAGCUUCAUCUAUUGUAGUCCCGUCUCCCUGACUUAACUGCAAGCUGGUGGUCAAAACACUCCAUCCAUCUUCAUUCUUACUUAACCGCUCUGUCACCUCAUUCAAAGAAAAAAAAAGAAAUAGCACUCAAUGUUUUGUUUUCUAUUACCUACAUGCCAUAUGCAAUCUUUUCAUUUUUUUUAAAGAAGAGUCAAGUGAAUUGAUGUUUUUCUGUAUAUACACUGAGUGUACAAAACAUUAGGAACACCUUCCUAAUAUUGAGUUGCACCCCCUUUUGCC